AUGGCUGCUUCUCUCCUCCAUUCCCUUCUCUUAUUCUCUCUCCUCUGUAUCUCAUUCUCUGUGGCUGAACCCUCUUUCAGGCCUAAGGCCCUUGUUCUUCCUGUAUCCAAAGAUGCUUCAACUCUCCAAUACAUCACCCAAAUCAACCAAAGGACCCCUCUUGUCCCGGUAAGUGUGACCCUUGAUCUUGGUGGCCAGGACUUAUGGGUGGAUUGCGAUCAAGGCUAUGUUUCUUCAACCUAUCGUCCCGCCCGGUGUCGCUCAGCUCAAUGCUCACUUGCUAAGUCUACUUCCUGUUCAGAGUGUUUCUCUACCCCUAGGCCAGGAUGCAAUAACAACACAUGUGGUCUCUUCCCAGGCAACACCGUGACUCGCAUCGCCACCAGCGGUGAUCUUGGUUCCGACGUUGUAUCCAUCAAAUCCACCGACGGGAAAAAUCCCGGCAGGACUGUUUCUGAGUCCCAGUUUCUGUUUGUUUGUGGAUCAACAUUUCUGUUAGAAGGUCUUGCUAGUGGUGUCAAGGGCAUGGCUGGCCUUGGGAGGACUCGAAUCUCACUUCCUUCUCAAUUCUCUGCUGCUUUUAGUUUUCCUAGAAAAUUUGCCGUUUGUCUGAGUUCUUCAACAAGGUCUAAUGGCGUCGUCUUCUUCGGUGAUGGUCCUUAUGUUUUUCUUCCCAAUAAAGAUGUCUCAAGGUCCCUUAUCUACACCCCACUGAUCAUCAAUCCAGUAAGUACUGCAUCAGUUUACUCUUCAGGUGACCGUUCUGCUGAAUACUUCAUUGGAGUAAAAUCCAUCCAAAUCAAUGAAAAAUUGGUGCCAAUAAACACAACCCUUCUGGCUAUAAACAGUGAAGGCUAUGGAGGAACUAAGAUCAGCACUGUGAACCCAUACACAGUGUUGGAAACUUCAAUCUACAAUGCUGUGAUUAAUGCUUUUGUGAAAGAGCUCUCCAAUGUUCCAAGGGUGGCUGCAGUGGCACCCUUUGGGGUAUGCUUUGACGCCAAGAAAAUCGGAAGCACCCGUGUUGGUCCGGCGGUGCCGCCUAUUGAUCUUGUUCUACAGAGCCAGAGUGUGUACUGGAGGCUCUUUGGAGCAAACUCAAUGGUGCAAGUUAGUGAGACUGUGUUGUGUCUAGGGUUUGUGGAUGGAGGGGUGAAUCCGACGACCUCCAUAGUAAUUGGAGGGCAUCAAAUUGAGGAUAAUCUUCUGCAGUUUGAUCUGGCUGCAUCAAGACUAGGGUAUCAGUCUAAAUCAUCUUUAUGUUUCUUGGCUCCUGUUUCCCUCCUGCAGUCCUUCCCGAAAGGAGUUCUAGGCGUUGCCGGACUUGCAUGGGCUCCACUCUCUCUUCCGUCCCUAUUCAAUCUUUUAUCCGUCGGAAUAAAAAAGAAAUUUGCGAUUUGUUUGUCUUCCACAUCUUCGGCUCCGGGGGUGAUUUUCUUCGGAUAUGGGCCAUACUAUCUCCUCCCACCCACGAAUUUGGAUGCAGCAAGCAUUCUCUCUUACACUCCAUUGCUAAAGAAUCCCAAAUCACCAGACUAUUAUAUCAGCGUCAAAGCCAUUUCUAUCAACGGAAAGAACUCCCCAAUUUCAACAAUCACAAUGGCACUGAACCCAUUAGGCCACGGUGGCGUAAAUCUGAGCUCUGUAGUCCCUUACACCACACACAGGAGUGAUAUUUACAAACCAUUUCUCAAGAGCUUUUCACAGGAAACUAAGGGCAUUCCUCGAGCCAAGACGGUGGAGUCAUUUAGUCUCUGUCUUAGAACUAGUGCAAUUGGAUUCAGUCGCGUUGGUCUGCGAGUUCCAGAGAUUGAUUUGGAGUUGGGUAGUGGGAAAACCUGGACAAUCUAUGGAGCUAACUCCAUGAAGCAAGUUGGGCCUGAAGUGGCGUGCUUGGCGUUUGUAGACGGUGGAGUGACGGCUGAACAAGCGGUGGUGAUUGGAUCAUUUCAGAUGGAGAAUAAUCUUCUAGUGUUUGAUCUGGGUCAGUUAAGGUUAAGGUUCAGUUCUUCCUUGUUCUUUGUGAGAAUCACUUGA